CGUACACAGAUGUAUAAUUUUGCCAGUUCUCUCCCGACAGCCUCUUAACGCUGACUUUCCUUCUGUCACCACACCAUCCUGUCGUGGUAGCUACUUAAAUCAGGCUCAUUCUCAAAUCAGAUCUGCAAAACAAACCAAGAUGCCAAUUCCCAAGCCUCAAGUUCCGCGAACCUUCUACCGAUCCUCAUCGGCUCGCUAUGUUUCCUCCACCUCCGCCCGGUUGGCUACCGCAACCUCUCCAUCCUCGCGAUCCAACAUCAAUGACCCUCGUGGCGGAGCUCCAGUCGACGACAUUGAUCUCGUCUUCGACUACCCGACCUCGCAACAGGCCUCCCCGUCGACGAGCCCUCCCUCCCUCGAGUCCUCAGGUUUGAGUGCCUCCAGCAUUUCGGGAGGCGCGUACACGGGUCGCGGGUUCGACAUGGACGAGACUAUCAUGUCGGCCCAGGAGACGGUAGGGCAGGUAAAGGACAAGAUGGGCGAUGUGAUGCAUACCAGCAAGGCGACCAUCAAGAGAGUCGACAAGGAGAUGGGUUACCCAGAUAAUAACGUAAUCUAUGCCGGUCUGGGAGCUCUUGGACUUGCAGCACUGUAUGUUACCCUCCGUGAACCUGGCGUCACGGAGGAGGUACGUCGACGGGAUCCCACCCUAGAUGCUCGACGCGGCAUGCACAACGUCAAGCAUGACUUGCCCGCCCACGCGCCGUUGGAGAACAAGGUGGAGAAGAUGAUUGGCCGUACUGGUUAAUACUGUCAGCCAUGUCUGGUGCAAAGACUGUAAUGUUCAUGGGAGGAAAUGGGCGAGACCAAAAGUGAGCUGCCGCGAAGGCCAGUCUGUAUGUAAAUUGGAGCGCAAAGAAACGUACCGCAA